UCCUCCACUUGUGGCUACAAUUGGGACUGAAAUGUUGGGUUUGAACAAAGGGAUCGUUAAGUGGAUACAGCCCGCAUCUCCCAAUUACACUAGUUAAGUGGAUAGAGUAGAAUAUCUGCCUGCCAAAAGAGAGCAGGCAGCUUCCCUCCAUGCUCAGAAGGGACUCCUAUGGUGGAAUGCAGGAACAGUGCUUGAAACUUCAUUUUGUUUCUCCAGCUCAGGGCAGGAGUUCCUCUCCUCUCCAUGCAUAGAAGUGAAUUCCUCCACCAGGCUGAAGCUUGGAUCGUCACAAUCUCUGCUUCGUUUUUUCCAGCCCGAUGCAGGAUUUCCUCCAUGUGGGGAAGAGAACUCCUACACAGGGCUGGAAAAGUGAAGUUCAGAUCUUCAGGAUUCUGGCUGCAUUUCUCCAGCCCCAGAAGUUCUCUCUACCAUCCCCAUCACCCUACAUGCACACAAGGGAAUUCCUUCAGUGGAAUAGAGAAAUCAAGCUUGGCUUUUUAGGAUCCUUGCUUCAUUUCAGUACCCCAGCAGAGGAAUUCACUUCUGCGCACAAUCCAUUGACUUUCUGGAGCAGCUGGCAAAGAUUGCAAAUGAUGAUCAGAUGAUCACAGGGCGUUUGGCCAUCAUAGAUGUGAACAGGUUGCUGUAUGUAUGCAUGUCUUGUCUGUCUGUCUAUCAUCUAUCUAUAUAUCGGUAGUCCUUGACUUACAACAGUUCAUUUAGUGACGGUUCAAAAUUACAACGGCACUGAAAAAAAGGCCUUAUGACCGUUUUUCACACAGCCAUUGCAGCAUCGCCAUGGUCACAUGAUCAAAAUUCAGAUGUUUGCCAACUUCAUAUUUAUGACGGUUACAGUGUCCCAGAGACACGUGAUCAGCUUUUGUGACAUUCUGACAAACAAAGUCAAUGGGGAAGCCAGAUUCACUUAGCAACUGCAGUAAUUCACUUAACAACUGUGGCAAGGUUGUAAAAUGAGGCAAAACAUACUUAACAUGUUUCACUUAGCAACAUAAAUUUUGGGGUCAAUUGUCAUAACUCGAGGACUACCUGUAUACAUGUGUAUAUGUGUGUAUAAAAUAUCCCAUAUAUAUGUACACACACAUUCUUUUAGAAAGAUUUACUUUAAAAGCAGUCAAUAUUUUUAUUUUAAAAAAUUCUUAGCUGGGGAACUCUGGGAGUUGAAGUCCGUGGAUUUUAAAGUUUCCAGGGUUGGGAAACAUCUUAUACCUAUAUUGUGAUUAUGCUAGAGUUCCAUAAGAUGGUGCUGAUGUGGCCAGCUCUUAACCUUCAAAUAACCUAUCAUUUAUUAAACUAUUAUUAAAUAUGUUCACCAGGUGACUGAUCCUCCAUGAUCGUAUUCAGAAACUAGUCGUUUCAGUCGGCUUACUGUCCACUGCAAAGCAAUAGGGAGAACAACUCUGGCGCUCCCAAGCAAAUUACUUCGGGUCCCUUUAAAAAGGAGACCUAGGAAAUUCUUCUUCAGAACGCAGGUGCUUCCAUGCGGUUUGCUAUGGCUGUAUGUUAUAUCCUUUAGGACCCGGCAGAAAUAUUGCUCUCCGAACUGGGUUACUGAGUGACGAGGCUAUCCAGUUUCUUUGGAUGCAUCCGGCCGUUGUUUCUUGUCCUUGGGGAGUGAAGUUCUUUUAAGAGCGUCGAGCUCCGGCUACCGCCUGCAAGCUCUCUUGAGGAGCAAGGACCGCCUGGCGGCGCGCAAGCAGCAAUUGACUUGGCCGUGCCGGCUCCGGGCUUUACCGGCCGUCUGGUGCAAUUGCAGGCAUCCUAAUGAAGCUGGAACGGCGCCUGCUUACAUCACCGCCCUUCCUUGCUUAAGGACGAAAAGCGCGCGUCCGGACCCCGCUUGAGCCUUCUGACCCUCCGGCUUCUUGCCGCCCGAGAACGGCGGAUCCGUGGAAACCGGCCUCGUUUGCUCUCGCGAUACACCCUGCAGAGGUGUCGGUCCGGGAGCAGCGUCAGGGCUCGGCCGGAGAAGAGAAGCGAACGGAGAGAAAGUAAGGAAUUUGAAACUGGAGCAUGAGCAAGAGAAAAGUAAGAUCUUAUCUGAAGCUCUAGAAACACUAGCCACUGAACACCAUGAAUUAGAGCAAUCGGUAGUCAAAGGGUCACCUCCUGUUAGCAUCCUUAGUGAGGAACAGUUCUAUGAUGCUAUAUCUGAUUCAGAAUCUGAAAAAUCAUUUACUGGAUUUGAAACCGUGACUAGCUUUUCAUUGGAAGACAGCGAGGACUCUAGUGACACCAUAACAGCUAACAUGUCUGAAGAAAAAGCAAAUAAAAACCGAGAGGCUCUAUCAAAUGGCAUAAAAAAACACAGGACAAGCUUGCCCUCUCCAAUGUUUUCAAGAAAUGACUUCAGUAUUUGGAGUAUCUUGAGAAAGUGCAUUGGAAUGGAGCUGUCCAAGAUCACUAUGCCAGUAAUUUUUAAUGAGCCCCUGAGUUUCCUACAGCGACUGACAGAAUACAUGGAGCAUACAUACUUAAUUCAUAAAGCCAGUUUGCUUUCUGACCCAGUUGAAAGAAUGAAGUGUGUAGCUGCUUUUGCUGUCUCAGCUGUAGCCUCUCAGUGGGAACGUACAGGAAAGCCAUUCAAUCCAUUACUUGGAGAGACAUAUGAACUUGUUAGAGAGGAUCUUGGAUUCAGACUCAUCUCAGAACAAGUUAGUCAUCACCCACCAAUCAGUGCUUUUUAUGCUGAAGGACUGAAUAAUGACUUCAUAUUUCAUGGUUCCAUUUAUCCUAAACUCAAGUUUUGGGGAAAGAGUGUUGAAGCAGAACCAAAGGGAAUCAUAACUCUAAAGCUUCUUGAACACAAUGAGGCAUAUACAUGGACAAAUCCUACAUGCUGUGUACAUAAUAUAAUUGUGGGCAAACUUUGGAUUGAGCAAUAUGGAAAUAUGGAAAUAACCAAUCACAAAACUGGUGAAAAAUGCAUGCUAAACUUCAAGCCCUGUGGCCUUUUUGGAAAAGAACUACACAAAGUUGAAGGCCAUAUUCAAGAUAAAAGCAAAAAGAAAUUUUGUGCACUCUACGGAAAAUGGACUGAGUGUUUGUACAGUGUCGAUCUUACUACAUUUGAAGCUUACAAAAAGAAUGACAAGAAAAACACAGAAGAGAAGAAAAACAAUAAACAGACAGGCAAUUCUGAUGAGCCGGAUGAGAUGCCCUUGCCAGAAUGUGAAAGUACGUAUGUGAUCCCUGGAAGUGUGUUGUUGUGGAAAAUAGCUCCAAGACCUUCAAACUCAACACAGAUGUACAACUUUACUACUUUUGCUAUGAUGUUGAAUGAAUUGGAUCAGGAAAUGGAAAGUGUUAUUCCUAAAACUGAUUGCAGGCUAAGGCCAGAUGUAAGAGCUAUGGAAAAUGGUGAAAUAGAUGUAGCCAGUGAAGAAAAGAAACGGCUUGAAGAAAAACAAAGAGCUGCUCGUAAAAACAGGUCUAAAUCAGAGGAAGAGUGGAACACAAGGUGGUUUCAUCAAGGUCCUAAUCCUCACACUGGCGGACAUGACUGGAUUUAUUCUGGGAACUACUGGGAAAGAAACUACUUCAACUUGCCGGAUAUUUAUUAAAAUGCAUUGGAAAUUCUGAGGCAAACACAAGUCUUAAACCAGUUUUCAGUGUUUUCUUUAUGCCUA